AUGGUAGAGACACGAGGCACGACGAGGAAAGGCGGGAAAGGCGGGAAGGGAGGGAAACCCGAGCCGCUGAAAUCACCCACGGCGGAGAAAAUAAACAGAGACGCCAUCACCAGACUUGGUCCCCCGGGCAUCAAAUCUCCGGGAGGGAAGAAGACGACCACCAAGAAGGGAAAACCGCCGACUUAUCCCAAGGACAUCAAUGAUGACUUGGACAAGAUCUUUGGCGGCGGCAAUGACGACAUGCAGGAGAGUAUCAAGAAGAUCGUAAACGAGGCCAAGCAGAAUCCACAGGGGAGCCCUUCAGCCGGCACACGCUCCAAGAUCACGAUCAAGCUCACGGUCGGGGAGGCUUCGGCGGCGAAGAAGAAGAUGGAAGAGGAGGCCGCCGCCGCUGCUGCUGCCGCUGCCAAAAAGAAGACGGCAAAGGAGGCUGCCGAGGCCAAGAAACAGGCCAACGCUGCGUCGGCGGCGGCGAAGAAGAAGACCAAGGAAGAGGCCGCCGCCACGAAGAAGAGGGAGAAAGAGGAGGCCGCUGCGGCCAAGAAGAAGGCCAAGGCAGAAGCUGCCGCGGCAAAGAAGAAGGGGAAGCCCGGCGUGACGAAGAAGGCAGCGAAAUCUAAAGCGCCGGCGAAGACUGCAGCGUCGACCGGGAAGACCAGAUCGCGAAAGAACUUGGCUGAGCCAGCUCGCACCUCGCCCGUGCCGGCUUCGCCCAAGGCAAAUACGGCCAGUCCAGAGGUCAAGAAGAACCCGCCAACGAACAAGGAACCCGCAAACAGUAAACCCACGAAAAGGACGCGGACGGACAAGGCCACGACCACAGCUCCCAAAGAGUCAAAGAAAGCUGCCACGGCGAAGAAACAGGCAGGCCAAGGCAAGGCUCCAGCGAAAACAGUCGCCAAGCCCACGGGCGUAACGAAGACCCGGUUGACGCGGAGCAGUGCCCGGGACGCCCCCAACAAGACCGGGCGUCAACCGUCGUAUGAGCUGCAAAGAGGCUUCGCCCCAACUGAGAGCCAGCGAAGGAUGAUCGGCUUCGCGAUCCGGAGCCGCGAGUGGUUCUCCGAGCUGGAACGGGACUACGGGACUGAGUUUAUGAAAGAGGUUCUGAACGACAAGAGGAUCCCGCAAGUCGAUUUCUGGAAUCGAGCUUUUCGGUUCCUCGGUGCCACGGCGGUUGGACGGUCCAAGUGUCUGGGGAAGCCGUAUGAGGCUUGA